ACGAGUGUUCUCCGCCUCUUUGUUUCAAACUGGUCUCUCCGGUCUCUCCUCACUCUUCUUCUCUCGAUGAACACGAAACAGAGCAUUAUUUCUCCACUCUCGAUUGUUUUCCGCCAUGAAAGGAGCUCUUAGAACUCGAAGGAUCCCACACACCCACACGCAACACCAACAGUGAAAUCCUCUCAAUCUCUCUAGCGAAAUCAAACAAGACGCAAACAACAAUGAAAAACCCUAAAUCCCAAAUCAAAACCAACCCCAAUUCAAUAUUCAAUAGUGAUUACAUUUUACACGAUGGAAAUCGAAAAUUGCAAGAAGAAAUAGAAAAGCUACGAAUAACAGAAGAUCCUCAGUUUAGUGAAGUUGCAGUUCUUACAAAUGACUAUCAUUGAAGAGAAAGGCUUUGGAAAGAUUUCUUGUUCCAAACCCUAAAAUCACCACUCCCACUACCACAACAACAGAACUAUCUUCUUUGUCCAACGGUGUCCUCAAACGCCUCCACAACCGGCCACCACCACCACCUUAACAAACCACCAUCACAUCCACCACCACCGCAACAACAGCCUUGCAACAAUCACUUACAAAGAAUGUCUCAAGAACCACGCAGCAAACCUAGGUGGUCACGCCCUCGACGGCUCGGCGAAUUCAUGACAUCCCCCACCGCAACAUCCACCGACCCAACAUGUGUUGCUUCAAAUCCCUAACCGUCAAAGCAACCACCACCACCACGAAUCUGAACAGCAUCAUAUUGAAAUGCAGCCCGGUUUAUUAAUCAGGCCGAGGAAGUGAUUGAUGAAGUGUAUUGCCAAGUCUAGUUGGUUCCUGAAAAUCAGGAUCUUGUUGUUCUUUGGCUUAAUGGUGAACCUGGUGGCUUUAGCUUUGAUGGCUUCUUCUAUGAACAUGGUCCUUUCAAUUUUGAAGCAGUAAAGACUAAGGGAAAUUAUGCUUGAUGUACCUGAACAACCACUUGAUGAGAGAGAGAAGUUGAGAAGAUUAAGGAUUUCUAAAGCUAAUAAAGGAAAAUCUCCAUGGAACAAAUGAAGAAAGCAUACUCUCGUCUGGAGGCAUGUGCUGCAAUCUUGUGGAAGAGCGCUAAAGCUGUUCCAAAGGCUGCUCGGAAACUGAGGAUUACAACACCUGAAUUGUGCAGAUUGCAAAUUGCAGAUGGCAUUAUACCGGAGCCCCUCGGUGGUGCACAUGUCGAUCCAAAUUGGACCUCUCAACAGAUUAAAAAAGCAAUCAAUAAAGCUGUGUAUGAACUCACCAAGUUGAGCACAGAAGACCUAUUAAAAGAUCGCAUGCUUAAGUUCCGGAAACUCGGUGCAUUCGUGGAUGAAACUUCGAGAUAUCCCAAAAAGAAAAUCAACAUGGGAAAGAGGAAGGGUAUGCCUGUUCUGAUAAAGAGGAAGGGUUUACCUGUUCCGUCAAACAGGAAGGAUAUACCUGCUCCUCCAAAGGGGAAGGAUAUACCUGUUCCACCAAAGAGGAAGGUAAGGAUUCUGCAAUGAACAAGUUGUUAAUGGAAGAGAAUGACCGUUUCCAGAAGCAAGUUUCUCAUCUGGUUUAUGAGAAUGGAUACAUGAAGCAACAGAUUCACACUGUGAGUGUAAGAGACUAUUCCUUCCUGUUCAAAUAUUUUUUGGUUUCUUUUCUUGUUUAUAGAUGUUUUUGUUAUAUGCAUGAGAAAAUGUUAAGAACUUUAUUGCAUGUUAUCAUUGAUGUGUUUCUUACCUCGAGUAUCUUUCGUAGCUGGAAGGAUUCUAUAAUUGUUCUCCAAACUGCUAAAUCACUUUUCCCUUGGUCCGAGGAUCUAAAGAUUGUCGGAAGAUGCAUAGAUUCCAUAGCUUCGAAGACCUCUGUUGAUCCAGUGAACAUCAGAUGCCUUGAUGCAUAUCCAAAUUUGAUUAUUCCCUAUACCUUGUUCUAGUUGAUUUUUCCCUACCGUUUAAUUUUUUAUAAAAUUGGAGAAUGAUUCUGAGGGUUAAUCGUACAUCGUUUUUCUAUGAUUAGCUGCAUAUUGAACAUUUUAUUGUUUAGCAGGAUACUUUUAGGGGAAGAGUUUGUGAGUGUCCUAUUG